UAAAGUAGCACAGCCUAACUCUUAGCUACUUGCGGGUUUGUAGCUAAGCUUCCCACACCUCGCGUUGCGCGCGCCCCUAUACGGGAUCUACCGAAUCUUCUAGUGCAUGUGCUGACAGCGUUCUAUCCGACUCAACCUCACGAUUCGCGUUUCUUCGUAUACUUUGCAAGCUUUUACUCAUAUUCACCAAUCUUUCCCGUACUACGAACUUGCUGAUCUAGGAUAAUCACGCCGCGCGUCUCCCAGACACCUAAAUCAAGUCAGGGAACAACGGCGCGAAUUUCAUUCCAACUGUAAGUGCACGCGGACCUACGAGCGAUAGUCGAGGGUACCGCACACGUUGCCGUUGUCCUUGUACUGCUACUAGCUACUAGCGUUCGUUAACUACUCGAGGCCGCUGCUCGAGCACGCAUAACGCGCGCACCGGGCCGACCGCCGAGCCCUGGCUAAAGGACGAACACCACCAGAAAUAAAGACAAUACUUGCCUUAAAGUUAAGCUGUACCUAGCUAUUAAAGCCAAGAACAAUUAAUAAUUUGAAAAACUAAAAUUUUACAAGAAGGUAGACAGGAAAUGGUCAUGGAGGUAUCCCCCUCACCUCAAUGCGUCGGUCGUGAGUUUGUCCGACAAUAUUAUACUUUACUUAAUAAAGCUCCGACACAUUUACACAGGUUUUACAAUAAUUAUUCAUCUUUUGUUCAUGGAGGUUUUGAUACAAAUAGAGAGCCCAAUCCAGCAAUUGGUCAAAAGCAAAUUCAUCAAAAAAUUCAAGCCUUAAACUUUCAAGAUUGUCAUGCUAAAAUUAAUCAAGUAGAUUCACAAUCAACACUUGGUAAUGGUGUUGUAGUUCAGGUUUCAGGUGAAUUAUCUAAUAAUGGUCAUCCAAUGCGACGUUUUACACAAACGUUUGUAUUAGCAGCACAAGCACCAAAAAAGUAUUACGUACAUAAUGAUAUUUUCCGUUAUCAAGAUUUUGGUUAUGGUGACGAAGAGGAAGAAUUAGAAGGUGAAAGUAACAUCAAUGAAAAUGCUGAAAGAGAAGGUGAGGUAGAAAAUACACGAGCAGAAGUUGAAGACGAAGACCAUCAAAAUGAAGCUCAACAAUUGGCAACUAAAAUUGUUAAUACUGAACAACAUAGUCAGGCACAACAGCAACAAGUUGCUCCUAUGACCCAACAGCAACAAGUUUAUUAUACUAUGCCUUCUCAACAACAGAUUCAUCCUGUUAUGCAGCAAGUUACAAUAAAUGGAUCUGUUCACGAAGAUUCUUCAAUUAUUUCUCAACAACCACUUCAACAGCAACCACCCUUACCACAGCAAUAUAUGGCUGAACCAAAUAAUCAAGAGCAAUUUCAAUCGGAGAGUGAACAAGACUCUGUAUCUCAACAACAACAGUCAAUUAAAACUGAUUCUCAUCCUACAUCAGAAGAAAUUAAUGAGCAGCCAGAGAUUGAUCAAAACUAUACACAAUCCACUCCAGAAACUGAAACUGAACAUCAAAUUUCGUCCCAAAAUAUUAACAAUAGUGGACCAAAAACAUAUGCAAACUUGGUUAAAUCUUUUCCUAACGUUGGCUCUACUAGUCCCCAGGUGCCUAAACCAUCAUUAUCUCCGCCCCCUAUUCAAAAUAUGCGUAUUGAUGAUCGCAUAUCAGCACAUCAACCAUCUACAGGAGCAUCUGUCCCAACUUCUACGGGUACAACCAUAAAUCAGCAUGUACAUAGAAUGACUAGUGUUCCUCAACAACAGACGCAAACUCAACAAUAUCAGCAAAGAUUACCUAGAACUGGUGGUCCAAUUCAACGAGAUGGAGAUCGUCGUACUGGAAGAUCUGUUGGUUAUACUGAUUCACAUCAAUUGUUUUUGGGAAAUCUGCCUCAUAAUGCUUCUGAAAAUGAUCUUAGGCAGAUUUUUGAACGAUAUGGACGUGUAGCAGAUCUUCGUGUACACAGUAAACAAACCGAUCGUACAAAAGGACCACAAGGAACAAACAAUACCAGAGUUCCAAAUUAUGGAUUUAUUACGUUCGAAGAUUCAUCCGUUGUUAAUAAAGUACUUGAUAAUUUGCCAAUUUACUUCCCAGAGAAAAAUGGCCAGAAAUUGAAUAUUGAAGAAAAAAAAGUGAGGCCUAGGGAAGGAGGAGGUGGUUGUGGCCGUCUGAAUCCAGCAGAUGGUAACAUGCGUCCUAUGGGAACUCAGCAACAACAACAGCAACGUUUUCCAGGUGGUCCAGGAUUGAUGCGAGGUGGACAGCAAGGAACACGCGGACGUGGCGGUUUUAACCGUGGUGGAGGCGAAGGAGGUCGAGGAGGAAUUAGACAGCCUGGUGGAAAUCCAAACAAUCAGAACUACCAAAAUCGUCGCUAAUUCUUGACAAAUAAUCUUUGGAUUUUGACUUGCAGCAAGCAAGACUUACCGCUCAUUUGAUUAACACAUCAAGAUUAAACGAAAAAACGAAAAAGACAAGAGUAUAAAUGAUAAUUGAGCUUUGCUCAAAAGAACCGUAUGUAAACUAAACAAUUAAAAAUAGGCAAUCUCAUGGAAAUGAUAUUCUGAUCCAAAAGGAAUAAAGCUUUCACGAGACUCUUCCUUAAAAAAGAAGAUCAGUGCAACAUAAACUUUUUAAGCGUGAAAAUUACCAGAGAAACAAGACAUACUUGGGGAAUAGAAUACAAGUACGCUAAUGCGCAAGCACAGAGACUAUUGUCAAUUCUCUAAGUUGACAUCGACCUAAAAAUAGCUUUACAUAACUUAAUUAAAAAUAUAUUUAAGAACUUUUAUUAUUUUCAUCAAAGUUAAAUUGUGCUUAA